CGUAUCAUCCUCUCCGUCGAUCACCGACCGACUUAUUGCCCCCUAAUUCCAAUCCCCAUAUUAGAAAACCUAGAAAAAUCAAUUUCACUCCUCCGCCGUCUGCCGGCCCUACUCCGCCGUGAGGAACACUUGUGUUGUAAUACAGUUAGAGAGAGAGAGGAGAUGGAGCACCAGGACAAUGAAUACGAUGAUGAACAUGAGCACGAGGUUUACGGAGGAGAAAUACCUGAUGAAGAAGGAGAGAUGGAUGCCGAGUAUGACACAUCUGCUGCUGCUGAAUCUGAGGAUGACCCUAAUGCUAAGGAGUUAGAGAAUAUGAAGAAGAGAUUGAAGGAGAUUGAGGAUGAAGCAGGUGCUCUUCGCGAAAUGCAGGCUAAGGUCGAGAAGGAAAUGGGCUCUGCUCAAGAUCCAACUGCUUCUGCUAGUCAGGCUGAAAAGGAGGAGGUGGAUGCACGAUCCAUAUAUGUCGGUAAUGUAGAUUAUGCUUGCACACCUGAGGAAGUGCAGCAGCAUUUCCAGUCGUGUGGCACUGUUAACAGGGUAACUAUCCUGACCGACAAGUUUGGCCAGCCGAAAGGUUAUGCCUAUGUCGAAUUCGUUGAAAUGGAGGCUGUUCAAAAUGCACUUCUAUUAAACGAAUCAGAGCUUCAUGGGCGGCAGUUGAAGGUAUCUGCCAAGCGGACAAAUGUUCCUGGUAUGAAGCAAUUUCGAGGAAGGCGAUUUAAUCCUUAUGCAGGAUACCGCCCUCGACGUGCGUUCGUGCCUGGUGCUCCAGUCUUUCCACCUUUUGGAAGGGUUCCAAGGUUCAGACGCCCCAUCCGCUACAGACCAUACUAGUGGAUUUUAAGCUGGAUUGCUGGCCUUCCUGAGAGAAGCAUGGGCUCGCUUUGUGAAAGAGGCAUCUCCUUGUUUUACUCUCUUUGGUUUCCUUUGGGAGGGCAAAGGAUGUUAUAAUUCAAAUUUCUUGUACCAUUUAAGUCAUGAGCUGACAUAAAUUUCAGCUCUGUGAAUGAUAUUUUAGGUCUGUGGGGAUAGAGAAGUUUUUUCUGUUGCUGGCUUGCUCAGGUGCUUGCAUUUUGGGCAGCAAAAGGAAAAGACAAACAAAAUAGAUAUUUGGUGUAGAUGGUUAUAUUCUCUUUGAAUUAUGUCCUCUGAUUUUACUGGGGAAAGAAAAGGUGUGUUUUUAGUUUGA